GGUGGUAUGGUAGUGCAUCGCGAUAGUGAAACAAAUAAUUGCAAAACACCGUUCAAGUUUACGGAAGAAAAUAUGAAACGUAUAGAGGCGAUUAUUGCAAAAUAUCCACCCGAAUACAAAUGUGCGGCAUUGAUACCAACGCUGGAUUUGGCGCAACGACAACAUGGCUGGUUGCCAAUUUCUGCUAUGCAUGAAGUUGCUCGCAUUCUCGAUUCCUAA